UCGGCUCGGAACAUUACCUUUUCUGCGGUAAAGAAAAACGUGGCGUUAUUCAAUCGAGUUAGAAUUUUCCCGGGAAAAUCCGUUCAAUUAACACCGCCUUUGAUUAAAGAGUUAAAGCUAGAAAAUGAGUAGUUGCGAGCUUUGCGGAAUUCCGUCGAGCCUCAAAUGUGGAGGCUGCAAAGCGGUCGUGUAUUGCAGCCCGGAUCAUCAGAAGAAGCACUGGAAGCAAAAACAUAAAAACGAAUGCAACAAACCUUAUGAGCUUUCACGAAGUGCGAAACUGGGCCGCUACUUCCAGGCCACCAGAACGAUCCCGAAAGGUACGGUCCUGUUCACGGAAGCCCCCCUAGUGAUUGGCCCCAAAUGGAACCUAGCCGAGUACGAACAGCGCUCGAUCAUGGUACCAUGCGUAGGUUGCUUCGCCGAUUGCCAGCUGGGUUUGUAUACUUGCCCAAGCUGCCGCUGGCCGGCCUGCAAACCCGACUGUCCCGGAUUGGAGAAUGCCAAUUUGCAUGGACUGGAAUGUGGCAUUCUGAGGAUUGGCGGAGGUCCGAAGAUGAAGGAUGAUACCGAGGCCUUUUUCGAUUACUAUCGGUAUGAUACGCUGCUGGCAUUGAAGUGUCUGGCUCUUCAAAUUAGGAACCGAGACAUGUUCGAUCAGUUGAUGCUACUCGAGAGUCACUACGAGGCUAGGAAGGGUACCGUGUAUUUUGAGGAAGCAGAUCAACGCACCGUCCAAUAUCUGAUCAAGAACUUUAUCACACCGUUGAAAAGGCUGGAGGAACAGCAGGGUAAAACAGUGCUCCCGAUCAGUGAUGCCAAAACACUGCACAAAAUUUGUGGAAUUCUGGAGGUCAACGCAAUGAUCAUUCCGCUUACCAAUGGACGGGAGAUUUGUGGACUUUAUCCUACCGGAUGUAUGAUGGAGCAUUGUUGUCUGCCAAAUUGUUUCUACACCUUUGACUGCACCAAAGGAAUGAAGCUGACAUUCAAAACUGGAAGAGAAAUUCAGAAGGGUGAACACUUGUCUACGACCUACACCCAUUCGCUUUGGGGAACUCAACAGAGGCGUGAGCAUCUUAAGGCCCAGAAAUAUUUCUCGUGCACCUGUGUCCGUUGCUCUGAUCCCACCGAAAUGGGAACCUACAUCAGUGGUCUACGUUGUGUUGGCAUUGAAGAAGGUGGUUGUGGAGGUAUCCAACUUCCGAUCGACCCCCUGAAGGACACGAGUGACUGGAAAUGUGACAAAUGUCCCGUUCAACUUGAGGUCGAUCAGGUUAACUUCCUGCUGUCAAAGAUCGGCGAAGAAGUCGAUUCCGUUAUGGAGCGUAAAUCAUCGGCCCGGGAAGUUGAAGAUUUGAUCUUCAAACUGUCGUCGUUCUUGCACCCAAAUCAUUAUCAUCUGCUAACGCUGAAGCAUUCGCUCAUCCAGCUAUACGGACAUCUCAAAGGUUACGACACUACCCAGCUAUCGGAUAGGCUUCUGGAUGAAAAAAUUACAACCUGUCGACAACUGACAAAAGUCAUCGACAUUCUGGAUCCGGACUCGUUCCGGCUUAGUUUGUACUCGGGUGUCAUCUUCUAUGAACAACAAACCGCCCUUUUGGAAAUCAAUGCUCGCAAGCUGAGAGCUGGCGUUUCGAAGGAGGACGCAGUGGUGGUCAAAAAUUACAACGAGGCGUUGCAUUGUCUGAUGAGAGGCAAACAGGUGUUGGCCAACGAGAUGGGAACCGAACAGGGCAAGAAACUGCGGGAGAAGAUUGUGGAGGCUACGACACGGGUUGAACAGAUGAUGGUUUGAGGAGACUAUUUCUUUGGAUUUAAUAAAGUUUUCGAUUG